AUGAUAACAACCAAUAGUGGAAGUAUUGGUGUAUCCAAACGAGACAACUGUCGAAAAACUUUCAUCGAUAGUCUCGAUAGCCAAAAUCAACAACAAUCGGAAAAAACAUCCCGCAUUGUCGAUGCCAUCUCCCGUGCAUUUGCCGACACUUCAGCAUUGUUAAAACAUGAAUGUGCUUAUUGUCUUGGACAGAUGGGUAACAAAUAUGCUAUUGAGAAAUUAAUUCAUGUAUUAAACGAUUCGAAUGAAGAUUCCAUGGUACGACACGAAGCCGGUGAAGCAUUGGGUGCAUUGGGUUGUUUCGAUAAUCAAAAUGUCAUCGAUGCACUUACAAAACAGAGUCAAAAUUCUCGAGCAGAGAUUGCUGAAACCUGUCAAAUAGCGCUUGAUCGCCUAGCGUGGCUACGAAAGAAUGCAUCAAAUGGAACAUCAUCAACUUCAACAGAUAGAUCAUUUCCAACCAUUGAUCCAGCACCACCACUAGCGCCGAAAACCAUCGAUGAAUUAAAAGAAAUUCUAUUAGAUGAAAAACGAUCUUUAUUUGAACGCUAUCGUGCUAUGUUUGCUCUCAGAAAUAUUGGUACCGACGAAGCUGUCUUGGCCAUAUGUGAAGGCUUCCGAGCAUCAAGUGCUUUGUUUCGACACGAAAUUGCUUUUGUGCUUGGUCAACUUCAAUCAGUCUGUUCCAUCCCAGCUCUUCAUCAACAACUGUCAAUUCUCGAUGAAAACUACAUGGUUCGACAUGAAUGUGCUGAAACACUCGGCUCCAUCGGCACUGAUGAAUGUCGACGUAUCCUUGAAACAUAUUUGAAAGAUGAAGAACGUGUCGUUCGUGAAAGUUGCGAAGUUGCGUUGGAUAUCAGUGAUUAUGUGAACAGUACGGAUUUUCAAUAUUGUAACGGAUUGAAACUUGUUGAAUCCGAAUGUUGUUAA